UGCUAUCGCUCGAGCCUUUAGCUUGAUUAUAUAUAUCCAUAUCGAUCUACUGCUUCUUGAUCUCCUCUAAAUUCUAGGAUUGACUUUGUCUAUAUAUAUAGCAAGACAUCUAUCUCUGACCUGUUUUAAGGUCGCGGUCGGCUUCGAGAGUGAGAGAGAGAUAUAGCUAUACAUAUAGAGAGAGAGUGAGAGAGAGAACAAUUUAUAGGGUGGGUUAGAACAUGACAAUGAGCGCGGUUGAAGACAGCAACGGCGGCGGCGGGGCGGAGAAGGCGGCGGGGUUCGGCGACACAACGUUGACAAAAGUCUUCGUGGGAGGGUUGGCAUGGGAGACGCCCAAAGAAGCCUUGAGGGACCACUUCCACAAGUUCGGUGACAUUCUUGAGGCCGUCAUCAUCUCGAACAAGCUCACCGGCCGAUCCAAGGGCUACGGCUUUGUGACUUUCAAGGACGCCGAGUCAGCGAAGAAAGCUUGCGAGGAAGCAACGCCGAUGAUCCACGGACGGCGAGCUAACUGCAAUCUCGCCUCCCUCGGGGCUCGCCGCCCGAGGCCACCAUAUUCUUCCACCACCUCUCCUCCUCCCCAAGGACCCAAUGUUGUGGGACCGAGGACGCUACCCGCAAAUCACGUGCAAUUCAUCUAUCAGAGCGGAGCAUCUCCGCCGCCGCCGCCGGCACUUGCAGCCAGCGUCGGUGGCUCCCAAUUUCUUCAUCCGAAUCAUCAUCAUCGUCAAGCUGUUCCCCUCUACGGGUAUCCAGCCAGCUACGUUGCCACAGACCUAAGCUAUAAUCACAAGGUGGGGUACGGAGGUGGGGCCUACAUGAACGGGCAGUUUUAUCCAGGUCAGCAACAGCACAUGAUGGGUGGAAACGCCUUUGUGCCAGCACUGUACCCUUUGUACCAAUUCCCCUACCACACAAUGGGCCUUCCAGCCCAUAUGUAUUAUCCGACACCGUCUGGCCCACUUCCAUCUGUUCCGGCCCUCUUCAUCUCUAAAGCUCCAACACCAGGUACAGUUGGCAAUGUGGAAGGUUUGAAGCGGGUGGUGGUGAAGAGUACGUAGCAAAUUGCAAAUAACAAAUUAUACCAAAGAAUUGAAGAAUGGAAGAGGAUGAUUAUGGCUACUCAGAACUACACUAUUAUUAUAAGAUCUGCGGCAGCUCUUCUCAUUUCUUCCUUUUUAUUUUGCUCUUCUACUCUUUAAUUACUAUCAUUCAAUUGUUUCUUUUUAUUUUUGAAAUUUUAAUCAAUGGGGACAAAAAAACUUCUUGUUAAGAUUAGGCAGCGGAUAACUAAGUAUGUAGGUACUUUACAUUCAUUGUUGUUCUAUAAUUUCUCUUUUAAUUACUCGUCCUAAAUAAAUGGGGUAUUGAUUUUCUUAAUUUGGC